GUACCAUCUCGAUCUCUACCAAGUAUUUGGUAAAAGGAGACGACGGCGGAGGAGCCAAAACGUUGAGGAGGGAAAGGAGGAGAAAUGGUGACCGGAGAAGCGUUGAUUGCGUACAGAGCCCUGCUCAGGGCCACAAGAAAAUCUUUCGCCGGAGAUACCGAGAUGCUGAAGGCUUCGGCGUCUGAGAUCCGUAAAAAAUUUGAUGAAAACCGCCACGUGGCUUCCGGCUCCGACAUCACUCGCCUUCUCGAAGAGGCGCGUGAGGCGACGCAGUUCAUUUCCACCAUGAUCGUUCAGGCUAAACUCAAUGAACGCGGCGGAUACGAGGUGAAAGCAAGUCAGGAACACGCAGGAGCUACUUUGGAGCUUCCAUCAGAGGAGAUGCUUCGGAAAAAAACUGUAUGAGUAAGUCUCAAUGAUCUGACUACACUGAGACUAUCUAAAAUUGCCUUACUCGUUUUGUUUAAAUGGCAAAGGUAGAACUUUUUUUUUUGUCGUUCUCUGUUUGUUUUCUCUCUUCAUAGCCAAAUUUGAUUAAUAAGGAGCUCCUUACAUACAUUUUUGAAUGAAAUUCGUCAAUUUCAGAACUAUUACUUGUCCAAGAA